UCCGGGGCUUCGGCAGCGCCCCCCGCAGCAGCGCCGCAGCUCGCGGCCGGCCUCGCUUCGCCUCCAGCCUUCCGCGGCUGCUCGGGGGUGGAGCGGAGCCCCUGGGCCGGCCCAGCCCGCAGCCCCCGCCCGGCGUGCUCCGGGGGUCGGCAGCAGGACCCUCAGGGGCGCCUGGCGAGGCCCGGGGGCUUCCCGAGGAAAGGAUGCGAGCGGGAGGAUGGCACGAGGGGACGAAAGAACCAGGUGUUUUGAAGUAGAGGAUGAAAGCACCAACUGAGCAGCCUUCUCUGAAAGUUGGAGGAAAAGUGUACUCAGCUGAGAACAAAUUAAAACAAGCUGACAUGGAAUUAAAGCAACUUCAAGCUCCAUCUGAGGUUUUCCUUCAUUUGCUUCACGUAAUAACUAAUUAUUCUUUUCAGCCAACCUGUGGAGCUAUUACUGUUCUUGAUAUAUGAAGCGGUUGAGGGUGUGCAGUGCCAAACCAGUCCCUUUCCAGUGUGCCUGUUGAAAAUGCUCCCCAGUGCUGCCUCUGCCCCUGAGGAACCCAUCACACCUUAGAGGCUCCCUUUGGCUUUGCACGUAAAGGUAUUGUUCAUAAUGCCAACUGCAUCUUCAUCAGCUUCCUAGGGAACCGAGCAGUUGAAGCUGAUGGAUCACUUGCUAUGUCAGCUAGAGCUGUGGUCCCAGCUGCCCUGAGUGAUCAGGGUCUGGGUAACCUGCCAUGCCUCACUCCCUGCUUCGGUCGUACGGGCCACAGAUGAGGGGUUUUCUUGAGGAGUUUGACCAUUACUCUUCCUUGGUGAAACUCAUGUCAGUCUACCAAGCAACUAACAGGACCACCUUCAAUUGGACAGACAGCCGCAUUGUGGAGUGGGAGAAAUUUGCUGAGCUGGCUAAAUAUGAGCCAGAGUCCCAGAAGCCAACAGUGAAGGCUCUCCUUAUCGUGGCAUACUCGGUGAUUAUCAUCAUGUCUCUCUUUGGGAACAUGCUGGUGUGCCACGUGGUGCUGAAGAACAAGAGGAUGCACUCAGCCACCAGCCUCUUCAUUGUCAAUCUUGCGGUCUCUGACAUUAUGAUCACGCUGCUCAACACGCCUUUUACCUUGGUUCGGUUUGUGAACAGCACGUGGAUCUUUGGGAAGGCCAUGUGCCACAUCAGCCGCUUUGUGCAGUACUGCUCGCUCCACGUUUCCACGCUGACUCUAACAGCCAUCGCCCUGGACAGGCACCAGGUCAUUCUGAACCCACUAAAGCAAAGGAUGUCACUAACAAAAGGAGCGCUGAGCAUUUCUGUUAUCUGGCUGAUGGCAACCUGUUUCUCCCUGCCACAUGCCAUCUAUCAAAAGCUUUUCCAGUAUAACUACAGGGAAGCCACUGUCCGGAGCUUGUGCGUCCCCGAUUUUCCUGAGCCUGCAGAACUGGUCUGGAAGUAUCUGGACCUGUCUACCUUUCUUCUCCUCUACCUCCUGCCCCUGCUCAUUAUCACUGUCGCCUACACACGCCUGGCUAAGAAGCUGUGGCUCCGCAAUGCCAUUGGAGACAUCACCACGCAGCAGUAUAUCACCCACCACAAGAACAAGAAGAAGAGCAUCAAGAUGCUGAUGCUGGUGGUAGUGGUCUUUGCCGUCUGCUGGUUCCCUCUCAACUGCUACGUGGUGCUCAUCUCCAGCCUAGGCAUCAAGACGAAGAACUCCCUCUAUUUUGCCCUGCACUGGUUUGCCAUGAGCAGCACCUGCUACAAUCCUUUCAUCUACUGCUGGCUGAACGAGAGCUUCCGCUCGGAGCUCAAGUCCCUGCUCUGCAUGUGCCAGAAGGUGCCUCCACGUCGGGACAACGUGCUGCCGCCUGUUAUCACGUCCUGCCGAGAGGCAUGGAUGGAGCAGGCCAGGUGCAGGAAGGGACCUUCCUCCCAGACUAUUUGCUCCACUGUCAACGUCCAGACAGCCAACACCGAUCUGUGAGCCAAAGGGCAGAGCUGAAGUCACUGUUGGAAUCACUCUACAACUGCUGCCAACACUUUUCCCAAGAAAAAUAAGGACGAUAACCCCACACCUCCUGAACCUGCUUGGUGAGGUUGCUUCUCAUUGCUUAGCACAUUUUAUUCCAGCACUUCCCAUUUGUUAUUUGAUUCCAAACUGAAAAACUAGAGCAGGACAGCAAUUUCAAAAACAGCAAAAUAAGAAUGGCACCAAGCUAAGGCCUGGCAUCAUGCGCUUCACCAAGCUGUUGUUUAAAAAGCUUGUUUCACUCCUGGGUACCAGUCUCCCCACCUUCAAUAUGUUUACCAGGGGCCAGCACCAGCCUUUGCUGCUCUGCUGAGUUGCCGCCCGCAGCCCCUGCAGCCCAGCAGCAGCUCGUGCUCAGACGAACACAGCAGGUGCUCAAGCAGCAGUGGUGGCGUUGUUGGACUAGCCAGGUGUAGGCAAUUACUUUAACAGUGAUGAACUGUCAGAAGCCUGGAAAAGGGAGAACAGCCUUACUACUCCAGCAUGGGAGAAAACAUGGGUGUUGUGGUGACUGUCCCUGCAGGCUCCUAGAGGAGGAGCCCUGCCCAGUGGGAACCUUGGGGAGCUCCAGUGCCUUCCUUCCCCUCCACCCCUGCCUGCGUUCCUCACCCCUCUCCCUCAAGCUCUCUGCCCGGCAGUUGUUGCUGUCCUCCUGGGCCACUCUUUGCCUGUGCAAGAUGAGUGACAGCUGCCGGGGACAGGCAGAAGGUGAUUUACCAAUUUUUCCUGAAGCUAAGUUGUCGGUGAUUUUCUUUCGCCCUUGCAUUUCCUCUGCAAUUGUGAAGGAAGGAGAGGCUGAGGGUGAAGGUAGGAAGACCUCCAGUGUUUUUCUGCUUUUUGCUUUAAGCAUUGCUAAAACAUUCUCUGCCCCCCACUCCUGCUAUGAAUUGGAGGAUAGGAGCCUUUCCUCCACUACAUUUUAUGUAUUUUUGUAUACAUUUUUGUACAUACAUGUACACUGCUGACGCUGGGCUGACCUCCUCCUUCCUAAACCUGCUCCCUGGUGUGUGUGCCAGGACUGGGCACUGUACGGGCAGCCCCUGGGCACGGCUGGGUCGGGUGGCUGGCGGCAGGGGCCCGGCGGUGCUCGCAGCAGCCCUGCUGGGGAGCCCGCUCCUGCUCCUUGCUGGGGUCGCUUUUGCUAUGGGAGGCCUCUGGAAGUGGCCUCUGGGCUCUCAGAUGUGGCGUGUGCUCGCUGCUCCUGCUUGCUUCAAAUUAACUGUAGGAGGUAAGAAAUUCUGAAAGCUGGGCCUAUUGUUAUUGUGUUUGAUUGGGGUAUUUAUUUGUAAUCUGGUAAUUUCUUAAAAGCAGCUCAGGGGAUGAAGUGAGGGAGAGUUUGAAGAGGUACUGAAUGGCUUGCAAAAGCACAUUAUUUAUUUUCUAAAACUGUGCUCCCCAGUGCAGCUGCAUUCAGAUCCAAAAUCAGCCCAUUAUCCAGUCUAUUGGCUCCCAUUAAGGUAAUAACUGCUGCACUGAAAUAGGCUGGCCAGUCUCAAAAAGACUCAUUUCCCACCAGGACUCGGAGAAGGAAUACAGGAAUUUCACUGGGAUAAUAAUGUAUUUUUUUAUGAAGAGUAAUAAUUACUGGCAUCAGGCUGUCCCUGAAGAAAAACAGUGUUUAUUUUUAAUGAACAGGACUUUCUGAUUGGAGCAGCGAUGCUUUCCCCUAAAAAUGAACUUCUGCUGCCAACAAAAGGCAGCGUGCCCUCGUUUUUAAUCUGUUGCUCCCAGCUUGGUUCCAGUGGGGAGGCUUUGCUCUCAUGGAUGUCCCCCGGUGCUCUGAGCCGUGAGUGCACUCCUCAGCCCUGGCUGUGCAGCCAGGGGGCAUGGGCUGAUGGGGCUCAGGCCGGGGGGGGUCCCCUUCAGACCAGGCUCGGCCCCAGGCCUGCCUGGAGCUUCCCCUGCGCCAUGAAGCGCCAGCACUGUGGCUGCACUCCCAGCUUGGGCAGCACAAAACAUUUGGAGAAGCUGCACCCCAAACACAUGAGUCAUGAAGCUUUUUGGCUGCCUUUGGAAAGCUGAGUCUGGAGAGUCCCUGUGAGCCAGCCCAGGGGGUUGCAAGGUGAGUUUACCUGAAGCAGAAGAAAAAUGAUUUUCUGUCUCCUGGCAAGCACAGUCAAUAAUCCAAUAAUUGCUAUAAAAUGUGUGUUUUCAUUCACAUAUAAUUGCCCUUAUGUCCUGCGGAGAAGUAAUGAGAACCACACACACGGGGAAAACUGUGUAAAAUAUAAAAUGGAAAAAUCAGAGAAUGAACAAUAAAAAUAUCAUCUGUUAGGAAGGAGAGAAAGGAAAGAAACUUGGCCCUGGAAAUUCAGUUCUCUCUAAUGGAUUUAAGUCUUCAUUUUUAGCAACCAAAAUUUAACUAACUGUUCUCUAACCUACCCUGUAGAGGAGACAGGAACACAGAGAAAAUGGUGCAGGGCACAUUUGAGAGGUUCAGUGCCACAAUUACUCUGUCAAGGAGACUACGGACAUGCACAGCUGUGAAAGAUGACCCAGCAGGAGAAGUGGUUUAUUACUGUGCUAAGUGAGACCAAUUCCUACCAGGAUGAGUAAUUCACACGCAAGGAGUAUCGGCAGACAAGAAGAGAUGACAAACAUCACCAAGGCCCUGUCCUUCCUGAAAUUAAAAAGCACAAGCUGAAAUUUAAUUACUGGCUUUCUGCUUGACUUUUCCCUGUGUGAAUGCACUUCCCCCCCUGCCGUUGCACCCUCGCGGUUGGGGAGCACACAAGCAGCGGGGCUGGCUGCUACCUCCCACCUGUGCCCCCCAGUGCCAAGCAGUGGCUCAGUGCUAAUGCAGCGAUGCCUCAUGGGGACACGGGGCUGGCACAGGGACUGGUGGUGGUGCUGGCACUGGGGCAGCUGGCGGUGUGUGCCCACCUUCAGGGCUACAGCCAGCCCAGCGCGGAGGUCUGAGGGAAACUUCUGCUGGAAGUUGAGCAUCUGAGCUCAGGUGUGGUUGGGUGCCCAGCUGCCACGCUUAAUUCUGCCAAAUUAUCCAUGCUGCCUAAGUUGAUGCUAAUGACUUGGCUGAAGGUGCCUUCAAUAGGCUUGAAAAUCUGAUGGACCACCUUUCACCAUCUGAAUGUCGGCUGAGCAGGACGGUGCUGCUGAGGUUAGAGCCUAGAACCAGCACCCACGCAGCGACGGAGGGCACUGGCCAAUGAGGAAUCAGACAUGCUAAUGGCCAAGACUUGAGGUCUUGAGAAAUACGCUCUGAUCAUUUAUGAAAGAUUCUAGUGACUGUCAUAUAAUUGUGUGUAAUCAGGCAUCAUUGUGUGCUAAUGAACAGCUGCGCCACGUUAAACCCCUGCGGAGCCACUGUUCUGCUUACCACGGGUGGUUUUGCUGCUUCUUGUUUGUGCACGCUCAAACAGCUUUGGGAGGCCCCAGGUUGCUCCUUGUCCACUUCUACCGCAUUUUAUAAGCUCCAGCAAGCUAACUGCACGUUGCUCUUCUGUCUGUUACCGCUCUUCUGCCUGGUCCUAUGGUCCCUUUUCCUGCCCUCUCCUCCAUUUGAGCAUGGGUUUUUGGUCUGUAUUUUCAUGUAACGUUGUUUUUAAUCCAGAUACUCUCAGACCAAAAAUAGACAAGCAAACACAGGGUUUGAGGGGCAAAAAUUUAUUAUAAAAGUACUCGCUGGGUGCAUCCAGACUCUGUACACAAGAGAAAACCUUAGAAAGCUCAUCUGCUAUUACCAUUCAUAGCUUGGGCAGUCAUUGUUCAUACAGUAACAACAGGGCUCACUGCUGGUUGUGGCUGUAGGCUGCCAAGCAGGAUUCCAGCACAAGUGUUUUGCUGAUGGUAACACCUCCUUCAGCCUGACCUGACCUCUCCCAUCAGCUCUCCUGUGCCACCCGGCACUCGCCGGGCAUAAGGAUGUGCCCUCAGAUGCGAGUUCCCUGUGAGAAAGAUGCAGAGACCCACUUGACUGGCCAGGCCACCUCAGUAGUUCCUAGGUAAAGCACAUACAGGGUUCCCAGGCCUACACAAGGACGUUGAGAGCCUCUGAUCUCCAUGCCUGCAGUUACUUCAUCAGGGCACGCGCGUGCUGUGUUUCAACACCCCACGUCUUUCAGCCAGGCUCUUUAAAGCAAACCCCCUUGGUAAGGAAUAUUCAGCUUGGCAGGAUCACUAGCUGUGCACUGGGGCUGCUGUCAAACACAGGAUGCACUUUUGCAUUCCUGCUUGACCAGCUCAGGAGACUGCCCAGUGCACGUGCUUUGCGUGGGCCAAAGGGCAUUUACUGGCAUCCUCCUCUGGAACUGGAGGCUUGUCAAGCAGUUGGCCCAUGUGCUUUGAAUGCCUUCGCAGCAGCUUUGUGUCCCAGCUGGAGAUGCUCCUCCCAGAGGCAGCUGAGGUGAGGACCACGUGUACCCCAGCAUCUUGAUAUGCUGCCAGAUUCUGCAAGUCAUGGCUGAUGGGGCACCAGAACAGCAAAGGUAGGACUGUCUUAUUCUGAACACCUAGGGGCUGGUUUUCAACCCCACACUUCUCUUUACAUGGAAUAUUUUCCACCUGCCAGCUCUCAUCCUCAGAUGUAGACUAUUAUCACAGUGCUGAGAACAAGAAUCUGAAGUACUUGGAGGGGAAUGUGGCUUCGCAUCACUCCUUAAACAUUGGCCAAAAAUGAGAGAGCAGACAGUGCAAAUGCCCCAAGGCAAGCACAGUGGGGUGUAAACCUCUUGUUCAGAGGGAACUCCUGGUCUGGGUGUAAGCCUCUCCUCUGCAUGGGAGUGGUCACCCCAGGUUGUUCUCCCGAAGAGCAGAGAAAAAGGCCCAAACCACCCCCACCUUACCUACUGCUGCAUGGUGUCCGCAGCCCCCAAACUCAAGAGUCACUGGAAGAUAAGGCAAGGUGUAUUCUGAUUUCCCAUCCCAUUAUGCCAGAGUCUGUGAACCUAAAGUCUUGCUCUCCCACUGAGUUAGCCCCAGCUUUCUCCUCCAGACCAGCCUUCCUGCUGCAAGCUGCUGGACAUGGGCUGGGCAGCAGAGGCGUUGGGAUCACUUUCCCUGUGGGCCUUCAGGAAGGCUGAUUGCAGUCAGUACAGCCACUAAUACAUUUCACUGUGUACUUGGAGAUUAUUUCAAGCAUGUGUGAAAACAGGCAGCAUACACCCAAGAUGCUCCAAGCAAAAGGCUUCUUUGGAAGCCACACAUGCUGAAUGCCUUUACUGAUUCUGUACUUUUGCAUUCAGUGAUGAGUGUUUUCCUGUGCCUUGGUUUCAGAGGCUUCUUUAUUGACACGGAUUGUAUUGCUUCAGUGGUACAGGCUCACUGGACAACACACAUGGGUAUUCCUUACAACUCAAACAAGCUACACUAGUACAAGAACCUACAAAGCAUGAGAGGGUUUGAGCAAGUAUAACAACUUCAAUUAGAACAGAAAGUCAUAUCCUACACUCUAAUAAUUAUUUUAAAGAACAGACAGAGUUCAGGGGCAUGAACAGACUUAGUAAGGACUGUAAUUACAAGCUGACAGAACAACUGCACCUUGUUGAAGCUGCAGGAACAGGGGGCUCCUUGGGCAGCAUUUAUGGGGUCUCUGCCUCUUCCCCCUCCCCAGGAGUUGGGCCCACAGACAAACCCCACCCAGGAUUUGGCCCUUCUGAGGGAGACCAGGCCUGCAAAACAAGUAACAGCUGCUGUGUGACACCAAACACAAAAAGGAUAUGAGCACACAACUCUGCUUCUGCCCCCAGCCUGUGUUUCAGCAGUGUGGGCACUGGGUCAGGCUCCUCCACACCCAACAGUGGGACCCAUGGGCAGGAAGGACAGAAUUAAAACUCAUGGCGCAUCAUCACCUCCAACUCUGGAAUUUAUUUAACUACAAGCACACAGCAUUCAACAGCACUAUGUCUGGGUGGAAUGUGGGGAACUCCGACACCCCUUGUUUAACAAAACUUAGGAGUUUCAGCCACUGUUUUAUUUGAAUACAAACUUCACGCCAAAAAAAAAUGGAAACAAAUAAACUCCGGAAUUAUAAUGCUAAUGACACAGGAUUUACAAAAAUAUAAAUAACCUAUUCAUAACCUUAAAGAAAACAGAACAUCCACCAUAAAAAUUAUCAUGUAUUCCCAGCGGUAAACUAUGACUACAGAAAAUUAUUUAUUUAGUUUUAGAAAAGCACCAGAAUUCGCAUUGUUAAGUAAUCUAAACCACAUAGGGCAUCUCCCCCUAGCACUUGCAGACUUUUCAGAGCAUGCCCACAUUGUAAAAAGUUUUCUUCAGUAUUGCCCACUCACGUGAGAGUGUAGUGAAUUCUUAUAAGCACCCUGUUCAAGAAUAGCACCCAAGGAUGUACUAAUUGCUUCUUUAUUUUAAUAAGAUUUAAAUACAUGCCUAUUUUUAAGUGUACGCUUAGGAGCUUUCAGAACAGGGCUGGACUGAAACCCACCACAAAUUCUUCUGUAAAUCAGACUUCCAGACAGGACUGGUGUCAAAACAAUUGCUUGUAAAAAAUAAGAAAAAUCUCACCACCCAAGAGUAUUUCCAUUGUUCAGUCACAGCUAAAGUUUGCAUAGAUACUGGAUUAUUUUAUUUCUUUUAGCUCUUUUUGAACUAUGCCAGCUUGGCUUUGGUAGCUUCCUGAAGCUGAAAUUCGCUGAGAAUUUCCUUCCCUUACAUUCCAUUUAUUGUGCUGAAAAUACCAUUAAGAAAAAGCAGAAAAGUCAAGUACCAAGUCUAUUGGUUCCCAGCUAAAGAAACUGAAGCUUGCCCAGCUGCCCAGUGAUGGCCACCGUUUGCCAGUGUCCAAAUUGCAGCACCAGAGCCUGUCUUUCAGACUCUUGUGGUCCCCCUUCUUCCGAGGACUUCAGCUAGAUUUGUGAAAGAUCAGCCCAAAGGGCCUUGAGCUGGCUAAAUUAAAGGCCAUGUAAACACAGCUGAUUCUGAGACUGCUGACAGCACAGCUGGAUGGCAGCUGCUGGCCACGGACAUCAGCACAGGUGGGAGCAGCCCUGGGACAUGAGCUGCGGUGCCCAUUGCCAUUAAAAAGCCCACUCCACAAUACUACAGUGUGGGACUGAGCACCCAUGAAGCACCAUCCACAGAAGCUCACACUGAGACUGUGUAAAAGGCUCCAGGCAGGCUUGAGACUUCUCAAGAACAGUUAAAACACAGCUACCCACAGACCUGCUGCAGAGGCGGCCACCCCAGCGCUCCCACUGCGCCAGGCAGGGCUGGCGGAGCAGCCCCACGUGCUGCCUCCUCAGCACCACGGCGAGGUAGGUUUUGAAUGUGAACAACAUUGCUCAAAUGGCUAAAAUAUAAGUUUCCCUUAAAAACUGUUAGGGGAAUGGGGUUGAUUCCUUAAAAGAACAACAACAAAAAAAAAACAACAACAAAUGCAGACCCCACCUACAUCAACAGGAACACCCAGCAAGAGCAGAAGGGACGGAGACCACUGGCCCCCAACAAGGCUCUGCAGCACACAAGUGAUGACAUCCUUUUUAUUCACGCCAUUUCUAGUUUACCAGGCUGUUGCUAGCCACUGUUUGCUCCCAAUCCCAUGGUGUUGCACCGGACAGGAGGAGCCCGCUCCGCCAUCCUGCACCCCACUGGACGGGCAGGGACACACACCCAGGGACACGCAGGACAAUCCACCUACACCUGCUUCAAGUUCAAAGCCAUACCUGAUUAGUUAAGCUGCAUGGAUGUUUUUACUUACACAUCUGUAGGUGAAUUAAUCUUCAUUCCCGUUGAAAGUGUGUCCAUAAAGAGAUUAAAUAUUAGAUUUUGUUACAUGAUUAAUCCGAACACACUCUCCCUGCCACAGAUAAACCUCAGAUGGAAAAACCUUAUCCCCAGUCUGCAUUUACACUAGAAAUACUUUUUCUGACUGCUCCAUAACAGACCAAGUACAUCACCCCUGCCAAAAAUGGGUACAUGGGUACAAGGUCUAACAUUUCUGGUUCUCACAAAGCAAAGAGCAAUAAAACGACCGUGACUCCGAAAGAAAUAAACAGCGGAGGAGAUAAAGUGUCACAUCCAGUUGAAGCUGCCCAUGCCUCCUGUUAUCUGACCACAUCCUGAGUGUGUUCAAGUCUUAACAGCAUUUAACAGGAGAAAAGGGGGAAAAAAAACAGAGCAGCUAUUAAUACUGGUGUUUGGGCAGAUCUGAGCAAAGGGCUGUGUUCCCAGAAGGUCGGUUGCUUUUUCCAAGUACUGUGGUCAGAUAAAAGGCAAAGCCUGGGGAUGCCCUGGCGGUGGCGGGCAGGGAAACAGUGCCGCUUGCUGGCGGCCACCAUGCUGCCAGGGUCAAGGACAGCGCGGCCAGCCCCAGCGCAGGAGGAAGAAGUGCUCAGAGCCAGCCGUCAGCUGCAGCCUUUAGUAGGGACACACACACAGUGAGCACCGUGGCUCAAACCUCCUGAAGGUCCUGGGACACAGGCACUCAAGGCCCGCAGCCACCCAAGGCACUGAGCCCUGCAGGAGCCACACCGCAUACAGGGGCUGGGAGUGGAGGGUGCGAGGGGACAGCAGCACCAGGGAAGGGUGGAAAUGGCAUGAGGUGUCCAACAGACCACAAGGACGGGGCAGAAAAAGUUGGGCAGUGAAAUUAACUCAGCAGGCACAAAACACGGCGUAGAAAGAGCGGAAGAAACAAGACAGGCUUGUUCUCCCUGACACGUGGCAGCAGAGGCAAAAACCUGCCCCUGCUGACCUAAAGGCAUUUUUGACUCUGAUCUUCAGGGGUAUCAGGCACUGUCCUGGUUGAGUAAGCACUGUGGGUCCAUUCCAGUGCUCAUCUGAGUUCCUCAGAGGAGGGUGUAAAAGGCUUUGGUAGUCCUGGUGCAACAGGCAGGGACAAAGCUGGGGGCUGACACCUCCUGCCUUCCUUGGCAAGCAACCAGCUCGCACCAGGCCUCCUGCCCCAGCUGCAGAGGCAGCGAACACCCACUGGAGCCAGGCACAGGGCAAAGACCGCUCAGCUGCUCCACGCCAUGACCUCAGUGGGACAGGCAUCCCCGUCCCGGGCGCGGGAGGCGGCGGCGCAGCAGGGCCAGGCGCGUGCCGGGCGGCCGGGGCAGCUUCCCCAGCUGACGGCGGCCCCACAUUCCCAUCCGCCCCCGCAGGGCCGCUCCCUGCGCCUCGCCUGCUGCGCAAGGAUUCGCCCCCGACAAAAAUCCUGGAGCGGGAGGCUUGCAGAGACACUGCUGCUGGCAGGCAGGGCACAGCUUCCCAUCGCAGGUCUUCUCCAGCCUCAUGAGCCACUCCACCACGGACCUGCAAGCCCCACUUGUCAGACCGCCUGGCCAAACCCUGUGUGACACGGGGAGACCCUGAAGCUGGUGGCAGACGGAUGAGAGCAACAGCACGGCAGCCACCAGACCUGCAAGCUGCCCUGAAGCUCCACAACGAAAACUGAGGGGAGCCUCACACAGGCGAAACUGCUGCAAGCUCUGACAAAUCCUCCAGGAACAAAUUAAAUGCAGAAGGGUGUUCCCUGCAUAAAAGCUACUCCCAAAAAUGAGAAAAUUAGCUUGUUUUUAGGCAGAAAAAAAAAAGAAUAUUCUAAAGCAAGCCUGCUCUGCCACAGGGACUUCAACACUCACUGCAGCACAGUCGCAGUCUUCAGUCUAUAGCUGACCCCUAUAUGCCUGGCACUGGCAGGGCACCAGCUGUUCCGUGCAGAAGGCAAAGGAGGGUCCCUGCCUCUGGCACCCUGUGCUGCACCCCACAUCAGCCUGCAAUGCCUGACCCACACCGAGGAGGCUGUCAGUGGAUGUACCAACACAGCUGAGUAGAGGCAGUCACCAGCCGACCAGGGAGCAAAAACUGCCCUGGGCAGGGAGCAGCACAGCACUGCACCUAACACAACUGCACAUCAAAGUACCCUGGUGAUCAACUUGGAACUUCUUUAAGAAAACUAUAACAUUUCAAGUAAAGGAAAUGAAUUUAAACAUGCCACAUGCUGCACUGACACAGAGACUGACUGCUCAGCUCUCCCUGCCACAGCAGCAAUGGUCACACAGGUCCUCCUUCAGGAGGAGUGCCUCCAGUACACACGGAGGAGCAAACAAAAUUUCAACUCAAAGUGGCAACAGAAACCCAGAAAAAAAAAACAACACAGUAUUGGCCAAAGGAAAACGUUCUGAAAAGCUGGAAUGGGAGAGAAGUGAUUGUUGGCCCUGUAAGAGAGUGGCACACAACCAAGCCCAAGCCCCUGCACAGCGUGUGGCCAGGGACCUCACAGAAUUCAUCCCGAUGCCAGCAACUUGCAAAGGACAGGGCUUAUUACACACUGACGGGCAGCACAGCGAUUGUGACACCGCUCUGCUGCUGGACAUGGGUUUAAGUACAGAUGAAGAAAAAUGAACUCAGAGGUGUUGAGCACAACCUGCCCCAAAGGGGCAGGAGUGACAGCUGUGAGGAUACACAGUACUACUGUCACCUCCCCAGCUCCUCCGCUCUUCUCCAAGGAGGGAGACUCCUCAUGUGCUUCUAUUCCACAAUGCAAAGA